UUUCAAUGCUCAAAACGUACUGGUCUUCAAGUGGUACUCAACGGAACAAGUUUCAAUUGCCCUCCUAGUGGUGGAUUGAUCAAUGUUCAGCUGAGUGGGAAAAACACUGUUGUUUACACCACUAUAAACUGUCCUCCUUGUCUGUCGCUGUGUAAG